AUGUCAGUUGCGACGAUGUUACAGCCUGCAUCGCGAAUGUCCCGGGCGUCCUCGUCCUCCUCAUCCUCGUUUCAACCCGUCGCACGACAGAACACCAUGUCGUCCCACGAUACUCGGUCGCUCCGCCAAUCCAAGCGGAUGUCAGUCACCGCAUUAUACUUGUCCAUGUCCGCCAAAGACAGGGACUUGGAAAUUUCAGAUGACCUGGCAAAAGCUCAGAAACACUUGCGAGAACUCAAGUCCAAGAUCUCGUCCCAAUCCAAGAAGAACUUCGUUUUAGAAAAGGAUGUACGAUACCUGGACUCCCGGAUUGCCUUGUUAAUUCAGAACCGAAUGGCCCUUGAGGAGCAAAAUGAAGUCGCAAGCCACCUCGACGAUACCGCCGACCCCCAGGAAGGAUUCUUUCCCAAUGACGAGCGAACCCAGAAAUACGGAAACCUUUUGUUCCUGUUGCAGUCCGAACCCCGCCACAUCGCCCACUUAUGUCGACUUGUCUCCAUGGCCGAGAUUGAUUCCCUUUUGCAGACUGUCAUGUUCACAAUUUACGGAAACCAGUAUGAGAGUCGUGAAGAGCACCUUUUGCUCACCAUGUUUCAAUCCGUCCUCACCUACCAAUUCGAUAACACUCCCGAAUACUCCUCUCUCCUGCGCCAAAACACCCCUGUCUCUCGGAUGAUGACCACCUACACACGCCGUGGUCCUGGUCAGAGUUACCUUAAGCAGGUUCUUGCUGACAGAAUCAACUCCUUAAUCGAAUUGUGUGAUGUCGAUUUGGAGAUCAACCCCCUGAAGGUUUACGAGUGCAUGGUGAAACAGAUCGAAGAGGAGACCGGUACCCUGCCAGACUACCUCGCUCGCUCUGUCACUGCUGAGGAUGCUGCCGCGAAUCAACAGGUGCAAGCCAUCAUUGCCCCCCGCCUGAAGAUGUUAGCCGAUAUCGCCAAUGGCUUCCUGACCACCAUCAUUGACGCGGUGGACGAGACUCCGUACGGAAUUCGAUGGAUCUGCAAACAGAUUCGAAGUUUGUCGCGCCGCAAGUACCCUGAUGCGCAAGACCAGACCAUCUGUACCUUGAUCGGUGGUUUCUUCUUCUUGCGCUUCAUCAAUCCCGCCAUCGUGACCCCUCGCUCCUACAUGCUGAUCGACGCCACUCCCACCGACAAGCCUCGACGGACUUUGACCCUUAUCGCGAAGAUGUUGCAGAACUUGGCCAACAAACCCUCAUAUGCCAAGGAACCCUACAUGGCAAACCUGCAGCCUUUUAUUGAGAGAAACAAGGAGCGGGUGAACAAGUUCUUGCUUGAUUUGUGUGAGGUUCAAGAUUUCUACGAGAGUCUUGAAAUGGACAACUACGUUGCUCUCUCUAAGCGUGAUCUCGAGCUUCAAAUUACGCUGAAUGAAAUGUAUGCCACUCAUGCUCUUUUGGAGAAGCACACCUCGGCCCUGGCCCAGGAUCACAACUCGCAUCUUGCUCUCCUGCUUCAGGAACUAGGAGCCGCACCCCCACAGGUUCCUCGCAAAGAGAACCGAACCAUUACAGUGCCCUUGUUCAGUCGGUGGGAAACUGCCUUGGAUGAUCUGACAGCCGCCUUGGACAUUACUCAGGAGGAGGUGUUCUUCAUGGAGGCCAAGGCUACUUUUGUUCAAAUUCUCCGAUCAUUGCCUCCCAAUUCUUCGGUCGCGCGUCGGCCACUGCGGCUAGACCGCAUUGCCGAAGCCGCCGCCACACUUAAGAAUGAUGCGGUUAUGGUACGCAAGGGUAUCCGCACCAUGGAACUGCUGAGUCAGCUCCAAGACAUGGGUGUGAUCGACCGUUCCGAUGAAUUCAGCCUUCUCCGAGAUGAAGUGGAGCAGGAAUUGGUGCACCUUGGUUCGUUGAAGGAGAAGGUGCUUGAUGAAACGCGGAAACUCGAAGAGGUUUUUGCCACGAUCCGCGAUCACAACGCGUAUCUCGUGGGUCAAUUGGAGACUUACAAGUCUUAUCUCCACAAUGUGCGCAGCCAAUCCGAGGGCAAGCAGCGCAAGAAGGAAAAGCACCAGGAACUUGGUCCCUACAAGUUUACCCACCAGCAAUUGGAGAAGGAGGGUGUUAUCCGUCGCAGCAACGUGCCGGAGAACCGUCGGGCGAACAUUUACUUCAUGUUCAAGAGCCCGCUUCCUGGUACCUUUGUCAUCAGCCUACACUACAAGGGCCGUGCCCGUGGGCUACUGGAGCUUGACCUCAAGCUUGAUGAUCUGUUGGAGAUGCAAAAGGACAGCCUGGAAGAUCUUGAUCUGGAGUACGUCCAGUUCAAUGUCAGCAAGGUUCUGACCCUCUUGAACAAGCGAUUUGCACGAAAGAAGGGAUGGUAA